AUGCGGUCGAUAUUCACGAGCUUGGCAGUAAUUGCAUCAGCUGGGCUUGCAGUAUUGGCUGAGGACGAUGAUGCCAGUCCUUUGAUGCAUCCACCCAUCCCACCUAUGAAGAGCAAGUAUGUGGCACCUGAUACACCAAAGUACGACUAUGCCGAAGUAUUGCACAAGAGCUAUCUAUUCUAUCACGCACAAAAAUCGGGUGCGUUGCCAUACCAACGUAUGGCAUGGCGGGGUGAUUCAUGCAAAGUGUGUGUGGGCGAUUUUUACGAAGACUUGUCACGUGGUUGGUACGAAGCAGCCAAUACCAUGAAAUGGGGUCUACCUUUUGGAUGGACAGCAACACAACUUGCAUUCAAUAUCUUCAUCUUUGAAGAUGCCAUGAAUUCAGUGGAUGAGCUUGCUGAGGGUCUCGAACUACUCAAAUGGGGUGCAGAUUACCUAAUGAAUUGUCAUUACAAUGAUACACACAUUGUCGGUCAAUUGGGAACAUCCUCUUUGGGACCAAUCUCAAAACAAAUUGAAUUGGAUGUUGAUUUCAAUUACUGGGGACCACCAGAAGAAUACGAACAAUGGGUGCCAAGUGGAUUACCGCACAAGGCGUAUUACUUGACACCUGACAACCCAUCAUCCGAAAUUGUGGGUGAAUACAGUGCUUCCAUGGCAGCUAUCUCCAUCCCAUGGCGCAAACACAACGCAACACUCGCUGAUGAGCUUGUGGAUCGUGCCAAGCGACUUUAUAAGUUUGCAACAGAUUAUCCCGGUAGCUAUGUUACAUCACGGCAUAAUGCUUUCCAAUGGGCGACGUUUUGGUAUCCAUCCACACGAUAUCAGGAUGAAUUGGCAUGGAGCGCUGCAUGGUUGUACGCAGCCACAAAAGAUCCGUUUUACCUAGAAGAGGCGAAAAAGUGGUACAAUUCUGAUCCUGAUUCCUGGUACGAGUACUCGUGGGAUGAAAAGGGUGGUGGCAUGCACGUGUUACUUUACGCCCUCACCAAGGAUGGAGAGUUUUACAAGAAUGCCAUGAUGUACUUUAACCAGUUCUUGCCAAGCCCUGAACAAAUCGUCAAGUUUACGCCACGGGGUCUUGCCUACAUUGAGCAUUGGGGUUCGGUUGGCUACUCGGGCAACGUCGCUUUCCUUAUGCUUGCAUUUUCUAAGCUUAUUGGAUAUGAGACCAUUGAAGCAAAACAAUUGACAUCGUUUGCCAUCCAACAAAUCAACUAUGCCCUUGGCGAUUACGGCUACUCAUGGGUGGUUGGCUUUGGUGAUAAUUACCCUAGUAAACCUUACCAUAAGGCAUCCUACAACUCAUUCAUCGAUUAUCCCUUACGUGGCCAUCAACAAGAUGAAGUUGAAGAAGAUUUUACGGGUAGCGCAACGAACCAGCGUUUCAUCUUGUAUGGUGCUGUUGAAGGAGGACCCAAUGUGGAUGAUUCAUGGCAUGAUGACCGAUCCAACUAUGAAUACUCUGAAGUAACACAAGAUUACAAUGCUGCAUGGACUGGUGCUAUUGCAGGCCUCAUUGAUUAUUAUGGCACGGAUAAGUUUGAGCCCUACACCGAUUGUGGUCUUGAUCUUGGUUGGAACCAUCCAAAUGCAAGCACUCCACCUGCAUGGCCCGAAGAUGAUUGUUAUCACACUUGCAACAAGAAUUGCCCUCGUGGCCAACUCAAAUCCUCGUUCUCUUGGCGUAUGCUUAUGGAGCCUGAUAACCUUGACAAGAACAUUGACAUCCUCUAUCCUGGAAAGGGUGCCAUUCGUGCCGCUGCAGUGGAUGGUAAUCGUGCGAAUGCUGAAGAUCCUAGUGCUUACGAUGCUAGUGCUGCAAGGGAAGGUGAUGAUUAUCGAGCAGCUACUAAUAGCAAUAAGGCAAAGCAAGAUGACGCCAAGGAUAAUCAAUCGAAAAUGUCAUCAGCAACUCCCAACAAGAACAAAGCAUCCACUAUAAUCACGGGAUUAGGUGCAGCCUGGUUCCUCGGCAUGCUGGCAUCAUGCUUGGUUCAAUAG